UGCGCAGUGAGAGCGGGAUGGCGCAUUUUCUAGUACCGAGUUAUGCGGCGUCGCUGGCGGCUGAGGGCGGAGAGUUCCGUGGUGAAGUAAGGGGUGGGAUUCAUGUAGGCGUCGGGAGGAGCCGAGGUCUGAACUAUAGAGUGGGAAGCUGAUGCUGGGCACUGCGGCUCGCGGACCGGCGGCGUGAAGUCGUGAGAUCAUCGUGGAACCGUCAGCUUUGAAACCUAAAAACAAUGGAGAAGACUCAAGAAACAGCCGAGAGAAUUCUCCUAGAGCCCUAUAAGUACUUGCUUCAAUUACCAGGUAAACAGGUGAGAACCAAACUUUCACAGGCUUUUAAUCAUUGGCUGAAAGUCCCAGAAGACAAACUACAGAUUAUCAUUGAAGUGACAGAAAUGUUACACAAUGCCAGUUUGCUCAUUGAUGACAUUGAAGACAACUCUAAGCUCCGACGCGGCUUUCCCGUGGCUCACAGCAUCUACGGGAUUCCAUCUGUCAUCAACUCGGCCAAUUAUGUGUACUUCCUUGGCUUGGAGAAGGUUUUAACCCUGGACCACCCAGAGGCAGUGAAGAUUUUUACCCGCCAGCUUUUGGAGCUCCAUCAGGGACAAGGCCUAGAUAUUUACUGGAGGGACACUUACACAUGUCCCACUGAAGAUGAAUAUAAAGCCAUGGUCCUGCAGAAGACAGGCGGACUGUUUGGAUUAGCAGUAGGUCUCAUGCAGUUGUUCUCUGACUAUAAAGAAGAUUUAAAGCCACUGCUUAAUACACUUGGGCUCUUUUUCCAAAUCAGAGAUGAUUAUGCUAAUCUAUCGUCCAAAGAAUAUAGUGAAAACAAGAGUUUCUGUGAGGACCUAACAGAGGGAAAGUUCUCCUUCCCUACCAUUCAUGCUAUUUGGUCAAGACCUGACAGUUCCCAGGUGCAGAACAUCUUGCGCCAGAGAACAGAAAAUGUAGAUAUUAAAAAAUACUGUGUGCAUUAUCUUGAAGAUAUAGGUUCUUUUGAAUACACUCGAAAUACUCUUAGAGAGCUAGAAUCUAAAGCCUAUAAGCAAAUUGAGGCCUGUGGGGGGAACCCAGAGCUGGUGGCUCUAGUACAGUACUUGAGUAAGAUGUUCAGAGAAGAAACGGAAUAAUGCCAGCACAUUCUUGACUGGGCAAUGAGGGCAUUCUUUUAGUUGACUGUUUUGUCUCUUAGCCUAUUACUGGUUUACAAACUUGAACCGAGGUAUUUGUCUCCAAAAACUGAGUACGUAGUGGUAAUAUGAAUAGAAUCUCAAUGUAGAAAUCCCUACGUACAUAAAGUGGAAAUUACCAAAAGAAAUCACCUUUUAUACAUCACACUUGAAUGUCGGAAAUCGUUGUAGCAGGACAUUGUGACCACAAAAUUAUGUUGGUUUUUGUCAAUAAAAAAGACAUUAGCUUCCAUUUUUA